AUGCCUCUCGAAGCCACUAUGAUGGUCAUUGACAACUCCGAGUACAUGCGUAACGGAGAUUAUCAACCAAACAGGUUUGAUGCCCAAGCUGACGCUGUUAACGUUGUCUUCCAAACCAAAAUCGAUUCAAAUCCGGAGAAUACUGUUGGGAUUAUGUCGAUGGCAGGAAAGGGACCCGAAGUCCUAGUGACACAUUCAAAAGACUUAGGUCAGAUCCUGAAAGCCAUACACACUACUUCAUCCAAAGUCGGAGGAGCUAUCGAUAUACCAACUGCUAUUGCCGUCGCACAACUUGCUCUGAAACACAGAGAGAACAAGAACCUCCGUCAGCGUAUCAUCGUGUUCGUCGGAUCACCACUAGAAGGACCUGCCGCAGACGAGAAGGGGAUGGUGAAAUUAGCCAAGAAAUUGAAGAAGAACAACGUCGCGGUGGAUGUCGUGUGCUUUGGUGAUGGCAUAGAGGAACCAGUGUCCGGGCAGGAGGAUAAAUCCGUGUUGAAAUCUUUCGUGGAAAACGCAACCAGUAGCGAUAAUUCCCAUCUUGUCGUCGUUCCUCCAGGUCCACGGCUUAUUUCAGAUGCUCUUAUAUCUUCUCCCAUACUCUCCGACGAUCGCAGCGCGAGUAUCCCUACUGAGCUAGGUGGAACAGGCGGCGAUGGUCCAAGUGCUUCCUCUGGUGGCGACUUCGAGUUUGGUGUUGACCCCUCUUUGGAUCCUGAAUUGGCAAUGGCUCUCCGUAUAUCAAUGCAAGAAGCCCAAGCUCGAGAAGUAGCCGCGUCAACCGAGGCGUCUUCAAGUGACGCCUCGCAACCUGCAACAACAAGCUCGACGGUUCCUGCAGAAUCCACUGAGGACGAAGAAGAAGCUCUUCUUGCUCAGGCAAUCAAAAUGUCGUCUGAAGAAGAUGUGGAUAUGGAGAGCGCAGGUACGACGAAACCUUCAGAGACAGAUGCACCCAUGAAUGAGGACGACGAGGACGAAGAGGCUGCUAUUGCUCGAGCAAUUGCGAUGAGCAUGCAGCAAGAUGAACAGGAUAAGAAGUAG